GACCCCUUCGAGGACAGCGUCGAUCGGCCCCCCGAGCCCCAACGCAUUGCUCGGAGGGACGUUCGAGGUCAAAUCAUAAACUACGCUGCGGAGAUAUUUGCACGCCAGCACCGCACGCACGUCUUUUCGCUCAUUAUCCUUGGGGAGUACGUCAGGCUCGUUCGAUGGGAUCGUUCUGGUGCGGUAUUCACCGAGAGGAUCCCCUACGUUGACGAACCCCAACAUCUCUCGGAGUUCCUCUGGCGGUUC